CAGAACAUCAUCAUAGAUCAUAGGUUUAAGGGAUCUUCUUAACUCUGCAGGUUAGGAACUUGGGAUGAACAAGAAAUCUGAAAACUGAAAAGUCUCAUAUUAUAAUUCAUUGAAAAAAUCAAAAGUACGGAGUUCUUAAAACCCAAAGUCAAAAACAUCAUUAAUCUCCGCAAGAGUCCUUAAAUGUUCAAGUCAUUCCUCCACAUCCACUGCCAUGAAAAUUUCCAGAACCUGCCUCAACAAUCUCAAGAUGCCCUUUUUCUCAAGGUCCAGCAAAGGUUCAACUGAAGAUGACCUGGAGAAAAUUGCAGCCCAAGAACAGAAGCAGUUCCCCUUUGAAACCCUUGUUUCUGCAACCAAAAAUUUUCAUCCCAGUAACAAGCUUGGUGAGGGGGGUUUUGGCCCAGUUUUCAGGGGAACUUUGAGUGAUGGGAGAGAAAUAGCUGUGAAGAAGCUGUCACAGAGCUCAAGGCAGGGGAAAAAAGAGUUUCAGACCGAGGCGAAGCUAUUGGCUCGAGUGCAGCAUAGGAAUGUGGUUAAUUUGCUAGGAUAUUGUGUUCACGGGACAGAAAAAUUGCUCGUUUACGAGUUCGUGUCGAAUGAGAGCCUCGACAAGAUUCUCUUCAAGUCUGGCAAAAGAGAUCAGCUUCAUUGGAAAAGAAGGCACGAUAUAAUUAGCGGUGUUGCCAAAGGCCUACUAUAUCUUCAUGAAGACUCGCAUAGUUGCAUAAUCCACCGUGACAUUAAGGGUAGCAAUAUCUUACUCGAUGAUAAAUGGAUGCCGAAAAUUGCGGAUUUCGGAAUGGCCCGACUCUUCGCUGAAGAUCAAACGCACGUUAACACCCGUGUGGCGGGUACCAAUGGCUAUAUGGCGCCAGAAUAUGUCAUGCACGGCCACCUAUCCGUGAAGGCAGAUGUGUUUAGCUUCGGGGUCGUGGUUCUGGAGCUGAUCAGCGGUCAGAAGAAUUCGACCUUCAACCAAGAUCCCGGUUCUCAGAACCUACUAGAAUGGGCAUACAAGCUAUACAAGAAAGGAAGGUGCUUGGAGAUUAUGGACCCGAUGUUGACGACAUCCGCCAUUCCAGACGAAGUGGCGAUGUGCAUACAGAUCGGUUUGUUGUGCACGCAAUCCGAUCCACAACUACGGCCUACCAUGAGACGUGUUGUGGUGAUGCUAUCGAAAAAGCCAGGCAGUCUCGACGAAGAACCAACGAGACCGGGGUACCCGGGCUCUAGGUACCGAAGGUCUCGCAGGCCAACUGCGACGUCCUCUAGUGCCGGGACUUCAGGCGCCUCGGGUUCCCAGUCGUUUGGAUCCACCUCCACCGGUAGUGUUACUGCUAGUGCAAGCACAACUAGUCGUACAAUUCCCAAAAUAGAUCGGGGGAAACGCCCUAUACAAGAGUAGUCUCAUUCUUUUGGUAGUGUAGUUAUAUAUAGUUGAUUUUUGCUUAAUUCUUUUGUGCAUAUGGUGUUCAUAUUAUAUAGAGUGAGAAGUCUGAAUUAUUGUUGCGGAAAUGCACAUUAUUAUAGAUUUAAUUCUUUAGUUAUUUGUAGUGUAAAUUUAAUCCCUAUGUUUCAGAAAAGAAAUGAGUUGGUCAUUAGUGUUUUUAAUGAAACCAUAAUAUCAGGGAUUAAAUUUGACCUAUAAAUAA